GGCGCGCGCGGCUGGGGCUCGGCUCCGGGGCUGGCGGUCGGACAGUCCUCGGGCUCGCUCAGUCCGGGCUUGGGGCCCCGCGGCGGCGGCGGAGGUAGAGGGGGCGUCGGCGGUGGCGACGGCACCAUGUUACUUCAGUCAGUCAAUCUCUGGAACCUGGCGUUUUAUGUCUUCAUGGUCUUCAUGGCAACGCUGGGGCUGUGGGAUGUCUUUUUCGGCUUCGAGGAGAAUAAGUGCAGUAUGAGCUACAUGUUUGAGUACCCGGAGUAUCAGAAAAUAGAACUUCCAAAGAAACUGGCAAAACGCUAUCCAGCAUAUGAGUUAUAUCUUUAUGGAGAAGGAUCCUAUGCUGAAGAACACAAAAUUCUCCCUUUGACGGGUAUUCCAGUUCUCUUUCUUCCUGGUAAUGCUGGAAGUUAUAAACAAGUUCGUUCUAUUGGCUCCAUCGCACUUAGAAAAGCAGAGGACAUUGACUUCAAGUACCACUUUGACUUCUUUAGUGUGAACUUCAAUGAAGAACUGGUGGCACUGUAUGGCGGAAGUCUUCAGAAGCAGACCAAGUUUGUACAUGAAUGUAUUAAAACAAUUCUCAAACUCUAUAAGGGUCAAGAAUUUGCUCCAAAAAGUGUGGCAAUAAUUGGUCAUUCUAUGGGUGGCCUUGUUGCAAGAGCAUUGCUUACACUGACGAAUUUUAAGCAUGAUCUGAUAAAUCUUCUUAUUACACAAGCCACACCUCAUGUUGCUCCUGUGAUGCCAUUAGAUCGUUUCAUUACAGAUUUUUAUAUGACUGUAAACAACUAUUGGAUUCUAAAUGCUCGACAAAUAAAUUUAACCACACUUUCUGUAGCUGGAGGAUUCCGGGAUUACCAAGUUCGUUCAGGAUUGACUUUUCUCCCAAAAUUAAGCCAUCAUACCAGUGCCUUAUCUGUUGUGAGUUCAGCAGUGCCUAAGACCUGGGUCUCAACAGACCACCUCUCCAUUGUGUGGUGUAAACAAUUGCAGUUGACUACAGUUCGAGCAUUCUUUGAUCUUAUUGAUGCUGAUACUAAACAGAUAACUCAAAAUUCCAAGAAGAAAUUGGCAGUUUUGACUCACCACUUUAUAAGACACCCAUCAAAACAUUUUGAGGAAAAUCCAGCUAUAAUUACUGACUUAACAGGGACAUCUAUGUGGGUUCCAGUAAAAGUGUCCAAAUGGACCUAUGUAGCUUACAAUGAAUCUGAGAAGAUAUAUUUUACAUUUCCCCUUGAAAAUCAUAGAAAAAUCUACACUCAUGCCUAUUGUCAGAGCACUAUGCUGGAUACGAAUAGUUGGAUUUUUGGUUGCAUAAACAGCACUUCUAUGUGCCAGCAAGGGGUUGAUUUAUCAUGGAAAACUGAACUGCUGCCAACAAUUAAGUCUCUGACAUUAAGACUUCAAGACUAUCCAUCUUUGUCUCAUCUUGUUGUUUAUGUACCAUCUGUUCAUGGAACUAAGUUUGUUGUAGAUUGUGAAUUCUUUAAAAGAGAAGCAAGAUCCUUACAACUUCCUGUAACUCAUCUUUUUUCCUUUGGAUUGUCUUCAAGGAAAGUGGUGAUAAAUACAAGUGGCCUAUACUACAAUAUAGAGCUUCUGAAUUUUGGACAGAUAUACCAAGCUUUUAAAAUCAACGUGGUAAGCAAGUGCUCAGCAGUUAAAGAAGAAAUAACCAGUAUCUAUAAACUUCAUAUUCCCUGGUCUUAUGAAGAUUCGCUAACCAUUGCACAGGUUCCAUCUUCCACAGAAAUUUCUGUGAAACUCCAUAUUGCUCAACCAGAAAAUUACAGCCAUGUGGCAUUAUUAAAAAUGUAUACAUCAUCAGACUGCAAGUAUGAGGUGACAAUUAAGACUUCCUUUUCACAAAUACUUGGACAGGUAAGAGAGAUUCCUGGCUGGUUGAUUAUUUACUGUUUUAUGAAUAAACAACUACCAGGUUGUUGCCUAGAAUAUGCUACCAUGUUGGAUAAAGAAGCCAAACCAUACAAAGUUGAUCCUUUUGUAAUUAUCAUUAAGUUUCUUUUGGGGUAUAAAUGGUUUAAAGAAUUAUGGGAUGUAUUGUUGUUACCAGAAUUAGAUGCCAUCGUUUUAACUAGUCAGAGUAUGUGUUUUCCCCUGGUAUCGUUGAUUCUCUUUCUUUUCGGAACGUGUACUGCCUACUGGAGUGGCCUGCUCUCUUCUGCAUCUGUGAGACUUCUUUCUUCAUUGUGGCUAGCUUUGAAAAGACCCUCUGAACUGCCUAAAGAUAUCAAGAUGAUACCACCAGACUUGCCUUUUUUGACAAUUGUUUUGAUCAUAGUUAGUUGGACAACUUGUGGAGCACUUGCCAUACUUCUUUCUUAUCUUUACUAUGUGUUUAAGAUUGUUCAUCUGCAAGCUAGCUUAACAACUUUUAAAAAUAGCCAGCCUGUGAAUCCCAAACACUCCAGAAGAAGCGAAAAAAAAUCCAAUCACCAUAAAGACUCCUCAGUACACCACCUUCGUUUAUCUGCCAACGAUGCUGAAGAUAGCCUUCGCAUGCACAGUACUGUGAUUAACUUAUUAACAUGGAUUGUAUUACUCAGCAUGCCUUCUCUAAUUUAUUGGCUAAAGAAUCUUAGGUAUUAUUUUAAACUUAAUCCUGAUCCAUGUAAACCUUUGGCAUUUAUCCUUAUUCCAACUAUGGCAAUUCUUGGAAAUACUUACACUGUUUCAAUAAAAUCAAGUAAAUUGUUGAAGACUGCUUCACAAUUUCCACUUCCUCUGGCUGUUGGUGUGAUUGCUUUUGGGUCAACACAUUUAUAUAGGGUUCCAUGCUUUGUCUUCAUUCCUCUUUUACUCCAUGCAUUAUGCAAUUUUAUGUAAGAUUGGACUUAAGGAAUGAUGAAGAUGAUUUAUGCAUUUAGGGCCAGUGAUAAGAGGGAACACACAGAUCCAUCAGUAUGGACAGCAAGAUCCUUUGGAGAAGACAAGUCUAUUUUUACAAUAUUGAAAACAGGAAAUUAGUUUUGUAAUGUUUGAGGGAAGUAGUUGAAGCAUGGUUUUGUUUGGUAGUAUGGAAUCCAUGUACUAAUCAUUUCUGGAAAAUGUAUGAAGGGAUAUAUGAUGAUCACUGUCACCGAUGACUGCUGUGCAUAUCAAAUAGUCUGUUUCAUCAACCGUAAAAGAAGUCUGAUCUUAGAGAUUUAGUAGAUGCAGCAUUGUUUAUAAUCUCACCUCAAGCAUUCUGCUCAUUUCAUCAAACUUUGUUCACAAAAGGAAGCUAUUUUGAAUUUGCUAUAGUUUACCUAUUAAGAAAAAAGUCUUUGAAUAAUUGAUGAAAUGUAAUGAAAUGUACAGCUGUUUGGUUUCUCAAAGGUUAAAUACCCACAAAAAGCCUUUGGUUAGUUUUUGGCAGCCACCAUGAACAAAGUGGAUCUUGUCUUCUUACACCUAUGAAAAUAGAGCUUUGAAUGGUAAGGAGACUUGUUUUCUUGGUAACCAUUGCAAGAUUGAUGGAUGGAAACAUGAUUCAAACUUAAACAAAUUUUCUUGCUAUUUUUCAAAUAUGAAUUUUAUUGUCUAUUCUUGGAGAAUAUCAGGAGACUAUUAAAGAGGUCUGUUAAAAUUAAAGAAAAAGUGCUCAUAGCUAUUUGCUUCCUGGAUUGGAGCAGUUCAAUUGUUUAGUCUAUACCAUUGGAUUUAAUUCAUUGCCCCAUGGUUGCCAAAAGUGCCUAAGGUAAAAAUGGAUUGUUAAAAUAACUAAAUUCCAAUGGUCGGAAACUCUAGAUUUAUACCAUUUUUUCUACUGUGGGAAAAACAACAACAACAACAACAUGAUCAAGGUAACGCCAUAUUUGAUGUAUAACAUUAUACUAGUAAUGCGUUAACAGUGGACAACUUGACAACAGUGGACAACUGUUAACGCAUUAAUAGCAUGAGUAUAAACAGUACACCUGAAUAAAUUGGAGACAUUAGCCACUAGGUUUAACAGUGGAAUCUUGAUUUGCCUAUGUGACUUCUGGGAUUACUGUUUGACAAAUAAAAGAGUAACAUUUUAUUUCAUUUCAGAAUUUACUUCACUUUUAGCUACAAGAGUAGGAAAAGGUAAUCCAGCAAGGCAGAGGAGUAUAUUCUUUGCCUUAGGAUAGUGUAAACUUGGGCUUAUACAGUUCUUUUAGAUGUGUAGGCUGUAAAUGCCCAAAGCCUCUAACUAAAGAUUCCACAAAGCCUCUCAUGUAAAUUUCCAGUGAUUCCACCAUUGCACUUAUGAACACACAUCCUUGUUAGUACCCAUGGAUGUCCUCAAGUACCAGUUUCAUUUUAUCUGUUCUUGCAUCUGGAUUCCAUUACAGCCUCUCAGCUGUUACUGCCUGUGGAUAGUUACUUCUACUUCACUGCCUGUAGAGAGUUACCUAACUUCUCUUCUCAAUUCUUCCUCAGAUCCUGGCUAUUUUGGCCUCAGUUGAAGAGGGUCUUGCUAUCACCUUUGUGGAUUGUAAGUUAGUUUGAUCCCAUUGUUGUCUUUUCCAGCUUUGUGCCUCUUGUUCAAUAUUCAUAUUUUCACUUACUGAGAACAUUAAAGGGAAAUGAUAAACUCAUGGUGGGGAUAUGGCAGGCAUACUAGGUACUUGUUUGUUUGAGAAAAGUAGUAGAAGGGAUAAAACACAAAGUGCUAUGUGUUUCAGCUGGAGAGGAGAGCAUUUAUUAGAUUAUAUACUUGUCCUAUGGCACACCACGUAUAUAUUUAAAUAGAGAUACAUCUGACUACGUUUAACUAUACUUAUAAACAACUUUGAUACACAUUGCAUCUUUUGUUCUGUCAUUUGAUAUUUUAGUGUAUCUCCAGUUACAGAUUAACUAUGUCCUUUAUUUCUGAAUUUGGACUUAGUUCCAUAUACAGAAAGAACGUUAGAAAAUUCAUUAAUUUGAAUCUUCUAUUGAUAGCCAUAAACAUUAUGUUUAUCUGAUCUAAAAUCUCUUUGUUUAGUUAGUACUGUUCAUGAAUGUAACAAGUUUAAGUUUCUCAUUUGUGAGUAGUACAUUUACCUUUAUUUUGAGACAGAGUCUCACUCUUGCCAGGCUGGAGUGCAGUGGUGUGAUUUCAGCCCACUGCAACCUCCACCUCCCGGAUUCCAGCGAUUUCCCUGCCUCAGCCUCCCAAGUAGCUGGGACUACAGAUGCCUGCCACCACAACCAGCUAAUUUUUUUUUUUUUUAGUAGAGGUGGGGUUUCUCCAUGUUGGUCAAGCUGGUCUCGAACUCCUGACCUCGUGAUCCGCCUCCUCUGCCUCCCAAAAUGCUGGGAUUACAGGUGUGAGCGUCCAUUCCUGGCCGUACAUUUACUUUUUAAAGCAACAGACUAGGUACACUAAUUCUCGCUGAAAUAUUUUCAUGUGGAUGUAGUAUUACCAAGUCCUAAAGUCUUAUUUAUGCCAAAAAAAUUCAUUUUAAGUACUACAAAAAGGAUUCUAAUUAAACAUUUUAUAAACAAUAGUAGUUUGGGUCUUUAGCCAUUAUAUAUGUAUAUAUAUAGACACAAAUGUAUACACUUACAUUUUGACAGGGUCAUUGAGUCCUGAUGCACUUUAAAGUAAAUAGCUACCAGAGAUGUGAGGGUAGACUCUUUGAAGAUUCGCAAAAUGGAUGUUUUUACUUAAGAAAAAGAAAGUCCUUUGCCUUUAAAUUACAGUUUCCAUCAUGCUUACAAUCUAUAUAUUUGGCUAGUAAAACAGCAUUACCCUAUUAGCAAUGUUAGUAAAAAUGAACUUAUUUAUUGGCAUUCAUAGAUUAUCCAAUUCAAGAAAUUUCUGGGGUCAACUGUUACCGCAGCUGUCAACAGCAUUCUAAUUUAGCAAUUGUUGAGUUGCAAGUAAAUUUUGUGCUUAUAAAAUAACUCCUAGACCCUAUUGUUGAUAACUAGAUCAAAUAUAGACAGUACAGGGGAAAACACUGGAUGCAUUCAGUGUUUCUAAAGUCUCCUUUGGAGUUACUACUGAUUGUAAUUUGGAACUGAUAAUAGGUAGAGAUUGUUUACACUAUUUUUUUCAUGGAUUUUUUUGUCAGAAAUUAAACAGGUUCUGCUAACUUUCUUUUUCUUAGUUAUCACCAGAAUGAAAAUAUUUGAAAUGGUGACUCUAGAAAAGCCAUUAGUCCCUGGUUAACAUUGAUUUUGAGUCUUUUCAAUAUAUAUUGAUCAUGUAUUGAUUAAUCUUUAUUUUUUUCAUACUUUGGCUAAACAAGUUCAGAUCUACAUAAUGGAAUACCCCUUCUUGAGUGAGCUAUACUAAUAUCUACAUGAUUAUAUAGUAAGGAAAAAAGAAAUAACUGUAAUAGGCAUAGUAAAUGUUGGUUUUCUUGUCACUCAUGUGAUACACAUUUCCACAGUACACACAAACUUAUAUGAAGUGGAUUAUUUGUUUUGUUCAUUAUUUAGUUCCUAUAUGAUUUUUCUUUAGAAACAGAGUCUCAUUCUGUCACCCAGACUGGAGUGCAAUGGGGCGGUCAUAGCUCACUGCAGCCUUGAACUCCUUGGCUCAUGUGAUCCCCCCAUCUCAGCCUCCCAGAGCAAGUUAGAACUACAGGUACAUGCUACUGUGCCUGACUAAUUUUUUUGUAGAGAUGAGGUUUCAGUUUGUUGCCCAGGCUGAUUUUGAACUCCUGGUUUCAAGUGAUCCUUCCACCUCGGCCUCCCAAAGUACUGAGAUUUCAGGCAUGAGCAUCUGGCCUAGUUCCUAUACUUUUCUUAAUUCUUCAGACUCCUCACAUCUAGCAUAGUGCAUUCAUUUCACCUUGCUGUUUAUUAGCAUCCUUUGUGGAAGGUGGCCAAGAGAAAUAAAAGGUGGUAAAAUUCAGUUUUCAGUUUAGUUCUUGAAAGUUCUGGGAAAUGGAAGAAACACAAAACUAUGAAAUAAACUAGGGCUGUUGAUUUCUGAACCCCCCAGAUAAAUCAGUUGGCCCACAUUUUCAUUUUGGGUAUUAGGUCCAAAUUAGUAUAUAGUCUUGCAUUAUUAUUAGGUUUAGUGUGAAACUUUACAGUGCUACAUUUGAAGUUUUAGUAACUGGUUAUUAAAAUCAAUUGGGAAAAAUAAAAAUGUGUUGAGACUUUCUGUGACUAGGCAUUUGUUGAUUAUUUUUCAUGAUCGCUUUUUGUUUUCUCAUUGUGUAGGAUUUGUGAACUUGUAUAUCAUAGGAAACAAGAUAGUUUGUAAAAUUUAUUGGGGAAAAUCCAUUUGGAAUGCAUGACACUUGCCAGGUUAAGAAAGCAGUAAUACUACAUUUGUAUUAUAAAAUUAGACCCUGCCAGAAAGCUUCCUUUUCUAGUUAGGUCAAUGUAGAAGGGACUUUUAAAACAUAGUAAGUUGAUUAGGAGCCAAAAUUUUAUCCCAGUUUUUUUGAACUAAGAAUGUUUUAAAUGAUGUAAUGAACUUUUAUGUGUACACAUUACUCAUGCAUUUUUUUACAAUGUGUUUAAUAGCCUGAGGAAGUAGGAAAGCUGUGAAACUACUCCCAUUCUUUACUUUUAAUAAGAAUAAUAGGAAAGAAAAGUGAGGUCAACAAUCCAAAUCCAAAUGUGUGUACUGUAACUGCUUAAGAAUUCACUUUUUUUUGGAUAAAUUGUAUAGAGUACAGAAGAACAUAUGAAUUUAUUAUGUUAAUAACUUAGUUUUGACAACAGAAUAAAAUUUGGAAAUUGUGAAAAUAAGCUGUUUUUCCAUUAAUAGUGAAAAUUCAUAACAUGUCUUUCAAAAGUUAAGUGAUAUUCUAAGCCGUCUUAAUUGUCCAUGGUUGAUAAUUUUUAAAUCAAGUGCAGUACUUUCUGAAAGUGUUUGGCGUGUUUUGCUGCCAAAGCCAUCUGUGUUUUGAAAUACCAAGUAACCAGUUAAUUUCUGAAGACUUUGUAUAGGACUUGAUAUAUGAGUCAGUAUCUGUAUUUGUUCUGUACAUUGUAACUUUGAACACUUAUGAAAAACGGUAUCUGUUGGUGUAUUUUGAUUAGUGUAGAUUUGUUUGCAUAUUUGGAUUCUGAUUUUAGUUUAGGAAGUCUAAAAGUAGCCAUUUUUGUAAAGUUCAUAUGCUAUUUUGUAAUGUCAUUUUGGUUUUUAAUAUUUAUAUAAUAGUGUUACUGUAAAAGAUGUUUAUAGACAACACAUAGAGCUAUUAACUGUUCAAAAGCCUACAUCAUAGGCAUAUUUUGUAUUUCAUGUUACACUUGUUCUGUUUCAUAUUGAACUUCUUACAUCCCUUUUUUAGGAAAAAAAAAGAGACACAUUUGAAUUCUCUUUAGCAUAAAGCUGUGCAUUGGAAACCAUAUGACUAUCCAUAUGUUUAGCAAAAUACUCUUUGCCACCAAAGCUAAACGAAACUGUAAAAUACCUCUGGAUAUUUGUGCCAAUGAACUUUUCUUAGUAUAUUGGGAUUAAAGCAAAAAUAAUCUUUUCAGUAUGUUUCAUCUAGGACUUACAAUAAAUGUUUGAACCAUGAAAACUUAUAUUUCAUACCCUAAUUUUUCUUUGAAAAUAUUCAAGAUUUGUAGCAUAGUGUGUUCUAUUUUGUGUGAUUACUUAAAUGUUUUCUGAUUUUAUUGGGUAAAAGUUAGCCUGAUCUUUCAGCAAUUAGUUGAAAUAAUCAUUUGAAGUAAUCUUUAGGUUUAUUUUGUGAUGUACAUUAAUUGUUGUAUAAGACACUUUAGUACAGGUGUCUCAUUUAUGUAGUUGAAAGUUGGUUGUGGAAUUUCUUUUGUUUUUUAUAUAUUUCCAUUCAGUCUUUUAUAUAGUCACAUGUUUCACAGGGGAAAAUUGUCCACUGGAACCUAACAUAGUACAAUCUUUUAACUUGCAUAUCUUAAAUGAAAAUAUUAUAAAACAAGAUAUUAAUCCUAAAGUGUUAACAUAAAUAUGUUGUACUCAUGGAAAAGAGUAGAAAAUACGAUAGGCUCAGAAACUACUAUUUUUAAAAUCUGCAUUAAAUGCUCUGAUUUCUCCGCAUAGAAAUUCUAAGGAAAUUUCAGUUCCUCCUAUUAUAGUUUUCCCCCAAAUUUAAUAUUACUUACUAUUUCUUUGCCCAGUAAUGUUGAUGCAGUUUGCAUAAAUAGCCUUGGAAGUAAGGAGGCAGGAGAGAAAGCCAAAUAUUGAAAUCUUUGGUCUUUAGUGACAGUUUAUUUUUCUAAUGGGGACCACAGGUGUUAUUUGUAAAAGGUUGAUGUACAAGGCCUAAAUUCAGUGUACAUUGUUCUUUGAAAUAAGUUCUUCUUUUGUGUUAAAUAAUUUUAUUCUAAGUAGGAGAUGCCUGUAUUUAAUGUAAUCAUGCUUUCUACAUUAUCAAAUAUGCGUUUGUUGGAAUACUGGUAGAAGUAACCUUCCCCUUCUCUAGUGUGAAGUGGAAAAAACUCCCUGUUUUUACUGUAUGUAAAUUAGGAAAUUAUGUUGCAUAGUUACAUUUAAAAAAAUAUUAAAGUGACUUAAUAUAUUACCUUGAAGUGAUUGUAUUACAGUUUCUUAAACUUAUGACUGGCUAUAAAUGUAGCAACAUACCCAUGAGAAACCAGACCAAAAUUGAAUAUAUAAUCAUCACUGUGACCUUGAACUUAUAGUCAUUUGGAAUAAAACAGAGUGUGCCUUAAAAUGAUAAAAGAAUGCCCUGAAAUUUUAUAACUGUACAUUUUAUUAUGGGUGGUCUUCUCAAAUUGGCCCCAAAUCCUCAUCUUCGAGGUUGGUGAAAUACAAGUUUAAAAUAAAAAUUAACUGGUAUUUCCUUAAAUAUUUGCAGAAAUACUGCUCUAGAGGCCUCCCAUAAUUUUCAGAGUUCUCAUUUUGAAUUAAAAUAGAUUUACACUACAUAGACUUAGAAAAUUAAGUUUGGCUAAGUUUUCUGAAAAAAUAUUCUAGGAGGAGGUGGUGGCAUUGUUGUUCUGAACUUAUUACACAUGGGAAAAUUAAUCUUGAAAUGUAAUUUUUUUGUCUUACUGAUGAAUAAUUAUCAAAGACAUGAAUUCUUCUCCAACUUGUGCUCAUUCCUUCUCAAAUUAUUGAGGCUUGUACUUCUAUAUAUCAAAUAGGGGUAAUUUACACAAUAAUUUUUCGGUAAUUAAUAAACUCAUAUUUAUGUAGUAUAUUUUAAAACAUUAUUUCCCCUCAUAUUUCCUUCUCUUUUUUCUUCCUAUUUAUUUUUAAGUUUUCAAGAGAAAAUGGGUUUCAGCUUUUAAAUAAAUGUAGACUUGCAUUUUUACUGUGCUUAUUUAAAAUAAUGGAUAUAAUUUAUAUUAAAUUCCAAAUUAUUUCAUUAAAGGAUAAUCAUAGUCUCUGAUAAAAGAUGCUCACAUUUCUGUGUACUCACAGUUGUUGUAUAUUUUUCAGUUUCAAUUUUGAACAUAAACUCAACACAUUACUUUCCCAUUUUACUUCCACUACCUCCCUGCCAGACAAAAAUAUAGAUUUCUCUAAAAAUACAUACAAAGAAAACGUUUUUCCUUAAAACAUGAUCAUAUUGGCAUGAAAAUAGUUUGAGCAAGGGUAUGAAAUAAAAUAAGAUAAAUGGCUCUCGACCUGCACCAAUUUUUAUACUGUAGUUAAAAAUAUGGGUUAUGCUGAGAUAGACUCAGUAAGUAAUCAUUUAUUUGCAAAUUGAUAAUUUUUUUCUCAUCCAUCCAGAAAGUACAGUGCAGCAACAAUACUUAAGUGCAAAAGAACCUGUCCUGUAGUAUAUACUAAAAAGUGAUUGCCACCUUGCCAAUCAUUCCAUUUAAACAUGCAUGAUCUCCAGUACUUUGUGCAAUGUAUAGUGUAUUAAAUACAUUUAUGUGUAAUUUUUGUGUGUAUUUUUAUAUGGUAUAAUAUUAUAUUUAUGUGGUUGUGAUUCACAAAAAGUGCUACUUACUGUAUUCUGUAGAGUGUGUUGUGAAUGUUUUUACCUGUGUUUCAGCAUUAUGGUGUAGAAUUAAUAGUUGAAUAUUUGCCUUCAGUCUCCGCUCAGGUAUCAAUGUGUAGCGAUUUUUGGUGCUUUCUUUUUAAUCUGUCAUAAUCUGGUGUUCUGAAUGUUCAAAAAUAAAUUUGGUUGAAUA